CGCACGGCUCUGGCGGACGACGGAUUGGACGGAAGUUGGAUUGAAAAUGCAUCGGGACUGAGUGCGAAAGUGAGUGCGCGUGUGGUGAAUUUCCGCCGAAGAGAGUCCGUAAGAGCGAGCCGAGAAGCUUCCCUACUUGGUCUCCGCUCCUAACUUGGCCAACAGUUCGCAGUCAAGUCGAAUCCUUGCUGGCAGUCGGUUGUCCUGGCGGGAGUGCUUUUUUUCGCUUAGCAGAGUGUGCCGGCACCGGGCCAUGCAGUCCCUCUAAACAUAACGCAUAACAAAACCACAAGUCAUCCGAAAUCAACAAAUCACAAAUCACCGAAGUGAAAACAAAUCCAAAAGAUACAAAUGUGCCAAAGAAUGAGAGAAGAGUCAAGUGUCUGAAAUGUAAAUCCGCUCUAAAGUGAAAGCCAAAUCAAAAUUGUACAAGUCACUGCCCACGGAAAAUCCGGAAUUCCUGAAUACAAAAAAAAAGCAGAGCUCAAAAACCCAAAAAAAAAAAAAUAUUCAAAUUCAAAUUCCAAUCCAAAUCAAAAUCAAAACAGAAGCCGGAAAACAUGUGGAUUAGUAGCCGCUUUUUUGUGAUUUUCCUGCUGCUCCAUCUCGAUACCACCUGCAGUGAACCGUUCGAAGCCCACCUGCGCGGUCCCGGAUUUGUGAUGGAGCCGCCCGGGCGGGUGGAGUUCUCAAACUCCUCGGGCGGCUGGCUGGACUGCUCGGCCUCCGGAAGUCCGCAGCCGACGGUCGACUGGGUGCAUGCGGACGGCUCGGCGGUGACCGAGAUCCAUGGCGUCCGUCGGGUCCUGCGGAACGGAACCCUCGUCCUGAUGCCAUUCGCAGCGGCCGCGUACCAUCAGGAUGUGCACAACACGAUCUACCGCUGCAUCGCCAGCAAUUCGGUGGGUCGCAUCGUCUCGCGGGACGUGCAAGUGCGGGCGGUCGUGGCCCAGGCCUACAAAGUGGAUGUGGAGGUGCUAUCUGCGUCGCGGGGCUGCACCGCCAUUCUGCGCUGCGUGGUGCCCACGUUCGUCAAGGAAUUGGUGCGAGUGGUCUCGUGGGUUCAUGAACCCGCUAUCUACAUCUAUCCCUCGUUGCAAGGCGAUGGCAAAUUCCACCUGCUGCCCACCGGCGAGCUGCUCAUCCACAAUCUGCAGGAGAGCGAUGAGUCGCAGUCCUUCCGCUGCCGCAGCAUGCACCGCCUCACCCGCCAGGUGGUCGUCAGUUCGCCCACCCGACUGCGUAUUAAUUCGCAUCGCGGCAUCAUUUCGCCGAGCGUGGUGGAGCACACGGCUCAUGUGCAGGUGUCGCAGGACGAGGGCGCGGUGCUCCUGUGCGUCGCCCAGGGCUGUCCUUCGCCCGAAUACAGCUGGUUCACCCACAAUGGAGCCGGACCCCUGCCCGUACUGAGUGGUCCUCGUGUCCGCCUGCUCGGCCCUAUCCUGGCCAUCGAGGCCGUGACCGGCGAGGAUUCCGGAGUCUACAAGUGCACGGCCGGCAAUGUGGGCGGCGAGGCCAGUGCCGAGCUCCGGCUGACGGUGGCCACGCCCAUCCAAGUGGAAAUCUCGCCGAAUGUCCUCAGCGUUCACAUGGGCGGCACCGCGGAGUUCCGCUGCCUGGUCACCAGCAACGGCAGCCCGGUGGGGAUGCAGAACAUCUUGUGGUACAAGGACGGCCGCCAGCUGCCCUCCUCGGGACGCGUGGAGGACACGCUGGUGGUGCCGCGCGUGAGUCGCGAGAACCGCGGAAUGUACCAGUGCGUGGUGCGACGGCCCGAGGGCGAUACGUUCCAGGCCACCGCCGAGCUCCAGCUGGGAGAUGCGCCGCCCGUUCUUCUGUACAGCUUCAUCGAGCAGACCCUGCAGCCGGGACCAGCUGUGAGCCUCAAGUGCUCCGCUGCCGGCAAUCCUACGCCGCAAAUUUCAUGGACACUGGACGGAUUUCCGCUGCCAUCAAACGGAAGAUUUAUGAUCGGACAAUACAUCACCGUGCAUGGCGAUGUAAUUAGUCAUGUUAACAUAAGCCACGUCAUGGUCGAGGAUGGUGGCGAGUACGCCUGCAACGCCGAGAAUCGAGCGGGAAGAGUGCAGCAUGCGGCGCGCUUGAAUAUUUAUGGUCUUCCGUACAUUCGACUGAUUCCGAAGGUAACCGCCGUCUCCGGCGAGACAUUGAAUCUGAAGUGCCCGGUGGCCGGCUAUCCCAUCGAGGAGAUCCACUGGGAGCGGGGCGGACGGGAGCUGCCCGAUGAUAUACGGCAGCGUGUCCAGCCGGACGGCUCGCUGACCAUCAGCCCGGUGCAGAAGAACUCCGAUUCCGGGGUGUACACGUGCUGGGCGAGGAACAAACAGGGUCACAGCGCCCGGCGGAGUGGCGAGGUGACGGUCAUAGUGCCGCCGAAGCUCAGUCCCUUCCAAACGAGCAUCCUGCAGCUGAACAUGGGCGAUCGGGCCUCGCUCACCUGUUCGGUGGUGAAGGGCGAUCUUCCAUUGACCAUCAACUGGCGCAAGGACGGCCGCCCCAUCGAUCCCACCCAGCACAUGUCGGUGAAACAGGUGGACCAGUACAACAGCAUCCUGGUAAUCGAGAACCUGGGCAGCGAUCACACCGGCAACUACUCCUGUGUGGUGCGCAACUCGGCCGCCGAGGUGGAGAACUCGCAGGCCCUGCUGGUCAAUGUGCCGCCUCGCUGGAUUGUCGAGCCCGUGGACGCGAAUGUAGAGCGCAACCGCCACAUUAUGCUGCAUUGCCAGGCGCAGGGUGUUCCAACACCGAGUAUAGUUUGGAAGAAGGCUACAGGCAGCAAAUCGGGCGAGUACGAGGAGGUUCGCGAGCGUCCCUUCACCAAGCUCCUGGGCAACGGCUCCCUGCUCCUGCAGCACGUUAAGGAGGAUCGCGAGGGCUUCUAUCUGUGCCAGGCCAACAAUGGAAUCGGCACCGGCAUCGGAAAGGUCAUCCAGCUGAAAGUGAACUCCUCGCCGUACUUCUCCUCGACUUCCCGCUCCGUGAUGGUGAAAAAGGGCGACACGGCGCUGCUUCAGUGCGCCGUUAGUGGCGACAAGCCGAUUAACAUUGUUUGGAUGCGCUCGGGCAAGAAUACGCUGAAUCCAUCAACCAAUUACAAAAUCUCGGUGAAGCAGGAGGCCACGCCGGACGGAGUGUCUGCGGAGCUGCAAAUCCGCACUGUGGAUGCCACCGACAGUGGUCCGUACUUCUGCAGGGCCAGCAAUCUGUACGGGAACGAUCAGCAGCUGGUGCAGCUGCAGGUCCAGGAGCCACCACUGCCGCCCAGCGUCCUGGAGGCGGCGAUGAUCAGCAGCCGAUCGGUGAACAUCAAGUGGCAACCGAAGACUCUGGGCACGGGCGAUGUGACCAAGUACCUGGUGGAGUUCCACGAGGCAGAUCGUUCUCUUCCACCAGCCUUGUUUGUGGAGCAGUGGCAGCAAAUAGAGGUCAAGGAUCCGCCGCAUUUCAAUGCCCUGAUCGAGAACCUCAAGCCGGCGACGCGUUACGCCUUCCGUGUGAUUGCCGAGGGCUCCGCAGGACGUAGUGCACCCAGCCAGGAGCUCAUUGUCCGCACAGAACCACAGCGACCAGCAGGACCUCCCCUUAGCCUUUCGGCCCGACCUCUGUCCUCCACCGAGCUGCUCAUCAGCUGGGUGGCUCCGCUGCCGGAAUUGCGACAUGGCGACAUUCAGGGCUACAAUGUGGGCUACAAACUGUCCAGCUCGGGGAAUACGGCCUACAACUUUACCUCCGUUUCCGGGGACUACGAUGGCGGCAAUGGAGAGUUGCUGCUCAGUGGGUUAGCUAAGUUUGCCAGAUACACGGUGGUGGUGCAGGCCUUCAAUCAGGUGGGACCGGGACCUCUGUCGGAACCCACAGCUGCUCAGACAAUGGAAGAUGUUCCCAGUCGCCCGCCGGAGGAUGUGCGCUGUGCCGCCCUGUCUUCGCAAUCACUUCAGGUGUCCUGGCAACCACCGCCAAUCUACCACACUAAUGGCCUGCUGCAGGGAUACAAGCUGAUAUUCGAGCCCAUCAUCGACGACAUUCAGCCCAGCAAGGACGAGGUGGAGUCGAGGAAGACCACGGCACUCACCAUGGUGCUGACGGGAUUGCGCAAGUAUACCAAUUACAGCAUUCAGGUUCUGGCCCACACACGAAUGGGCGAUGGUGUGGUCUCGAAGCCAUUGUUUUGCCACAGCGAGGAGGAUGUGCCCGAGGCACCGGCGGACAUCAAGGUGGUUUCCAGCUCAUCGCAGUCCCUGUACAUCUCCUGGCUGCCGCCCACCGAACCCAACGGGGUGAUCACCAAGUUUAGUUUGUAUACCCGCGUGGUCAACGGUCGCGAGGAGCUGAACAACGAGAAGCGGAGCCUGCCGUCGCAGCAGGCUUAUUACGAGGCGAAGGGUCUGCAUCCGCAUAUGGAGUACCAGUUCUGGGUGACGGCCAGCACGCGGGUGGGUGAGGGUAAGAGCUCGCGGGUGUCCUCGCAGAUCACCACGAAUCGGGUGCCCGCGAGGAUCAUCUCCUUCGGUGGUCCCGUGGUCAGACCCUGGCGAUCCACGGUGACGUUGCCCUGCACGGCGGUGGGCAAACCGAAGAGGGAGUGGUUCAAGGCGGACGUGGCUUUGCGACAGGGCGGCAUGCACAACUCCCAGCUGCUGGACAGCGGGGAUCUGAUCAUCUCCAGCCUGCAGCUGGCCGACGGAGGCAACUACAGUUGCCAGGUGGACAAUGGCAUUGGAACGGAUCGUUUGACGCACACCCUCAUGGUGCAGGUUCCGCCCACGGCGCCCGUUUUGUAUGUAACCAGCGCCACCUCGAGCAGCAUUUUGAUGCACUGGAAGUGCGACUUCACGGGCAACGCACCCAUCACCGGCUACACAUUGUUCUAUAGGAGGACCAAUGGAAACGCAGAGGAGAUGCAGUUGUCGCGACAUGCCUCCAGUCACGAACUGAAGGGCUUAGUGUGUGGCAGCACGUACCAGAUCCACCUGAGUGCCCAGAACAAGGUGGGCACCUCGCCCACCAGCACCAUGCUCCAUGUGCGCACUCAGGGUCAGUCACCUGGUCAUCCUGCCUCCACCGCCCUUCUGGCCCCCAACUCGACCUCGCUGCUGGUUCGAUUGCACUCCUGGCCGGACAAUGGCUGUCCCCUGCUGUACUUUGUGCUGCAGUACAAGGCGGUCACCGAGGAUCCGGACGCCGAAUGGGUGCUGGUAUCCAAUGCCCUGAAGCCACAACGUCGCAUAGUGGUCAACAAUCUGAAGCCAUCGACCCUCUACCAACUUCGCAUGGAGGCGCAUAACGUGGCUGGAAUCUCUCAGGCGGACUUCUCAUUUGUGACCCUGACCAAGGACGGAGAUCCACCGCCGCCGGAAAUCGUGCAUCGUGGCCAUCGCGGUCAGACCACUGUGAUUUUCGCCAAUAUGAACCUGCUCAUCCCCAGCAUUGCCGCCGUAUCGGGAUUGUUCUGCACCAUCAUCAUGGUCAUCGUCUGCUACCGACACAUGCUUAAAAAUGCACCACCGCACGCAGAGCAAGCCAAUCACAUUCAAAAGGAAUCACUCGAGAAUCGAGCCAACUCAGAGGCUGCCCAGCGGGAGCGCUACUAUGCCACCAUUCACAAGGUGUCCAUGCAGAACAACGAUAAGAUUCCAGAAACCUCCGAGGACAUCUCGCCGUACGCCACCUUCCAGCUGUCGGAGGCUGGGGGCAACAUGUCGCAGCCGCACCACGGCGGCCCGGCCAACACGCUGCUCCACUCGUUCAUGUACCACGAGCGGGCCUUGGCCGAGGGCUGCUCGUCGCCACCACCAGCCGCGUCCAAGAACCGGAGGCGCCACUCGAGGAAGACGGAGCCGGAGAGCGAGGAGUCGGAAUCGGACCAGGACCAGCUGACCUCCAGUCGCACCGAGUCCUCCAACCAGCACGAGGGCAAGAUCAAGCACAGCAUCAUCUACCACGGAGCACAGUCAAGCACCUCCUCCGAUCUGUCACCAAUGUCCGAACAGAAAUCAUUGCCCCGCCGCGGUCGCUCCAGGGCCGGCAUCCUGCGCACGCUGCAUCCGCUCCAGCUGCAGGCCGAGUGCACCACCGGCGCCUUCCACCGCACCGAGGACGGCGGCCUGGGCGAACGGAUCGAGCUGGCCGAGGUUGAGGUCGAUGUGGACACGAUUAAGAAGCUCAAGCUGGGUCAGAGGUCAUCGCUCUGGUCGCGACCCUCCUCCACCACCUCCCAGCUGCAGCAGGAGCACCACCAGCAGCAGCAGCAGCAGCAGAAGCACCACCAACAACAGCAGCAGCACCACCAACAGCAGCAGCAGCCACAGCAGGCACCACAGCAACCACACAAACGAGCGCAUUCAAAGUCACCGCAGCCACAGCAACAGCAGCCAUUGCAACAGCAACGCCAACAACAACAUUCACCCGCUCCUGGCCAGAAAUUGCUUAGCGAGAAAUCGGAUUAUUCGAUAUCCGUCUGAGACAUUGGUAAGAUCUGAUCGCAAGAUCAGCAGAUAGGAUGAGGCCAGGCCCCCCGAUAGCCAGAAAUUUAGCAACAGCAGCCGGGCCGUUUUUGUACAUUUUUAUAAUGCAUUUGUUACCUAACCACCCAGCCCCGCCCCCCACUCCACUCCACCACUUUCGGAACAGCCCUGAACCCAGUAAUACCCUCCUGCCCUCUCAAAAAGAAAAAAAAGAAGAGAAUAACACUCAGUAAACUUUCGGACAAUCAGUAUCAAAAUUCUGCACCAACCAUCCAAAACCAAAACCAAAACCAAACAUACCGAAUCAAAACACUUCCCAUUAUAAAACUCCUGCCCGUAUUUAUAGAGGUCAUACUACAUCUAAGUAUUAACGAUUGUGCAUGCUAUAAUCCCACGUAUAAGUAUGUGAAUGAAUAUGGCAUGUGUCCAAAAAGAACCCAGGUCAGUUGUCGAACUUCCAGAAAUGUUGUAUGUAUAUAUACUAACGUAGUCUCUUAAGUAUCCGUAACGACUAAUGCGUAUAUCACUCGAAACUGUAACUCAAACUACUAACUGCAAAACUAUCGCAUACUAUCGUAUCGUAUCGAAUCGAAUCGAACUGUUUUUCGUAUCGUAUGUAGAAAGGAUGAUCUUCUAGGUGAGGGUAUCUCUAAACAUAGUACUACUCCUACAGUAGGUCUAUAAGUUUCGGGUUCGUAGUGCACCAGGGCGAAGAAACGAGGAAUUUAAUCUUGAAAUUUCAACUAAACCAAAAACUCAGAUAUAUGCUGUGUACAAAUUUAUAUGAAUGUAUAUUUAAAUGUGUCCGUGUGCGUGUCUACCUUAUGAGACAGACAGUCGUGUGCUCAUGUAUAUACGAUAUUAUAUACCGAGAUAUACAAUUGAAAAGAAUACUCAUCUAGUUGUUAGCGAAUCGCCGUACAUGUAGAGUACUGAGCAUAUUUUGUAAAUAAUCAAAAGUAAACCCUCAAAGGACUGACAAUGUUGCAUGACUCCGCUGAGAGAACUCACACAGAAACAAAACAGAACACAGAAGUAAAGCCACAAUGAAAAUGUUAACUAAAUGUAUUCGAUAUAGCCGAUGUACACACACUCGAAUAUGUCGCCAGCUGAAUUUGAAUUCAAAGCAGUAUUCAUAGAAAAUAUGACAUUAUAACGAAGUAACCACACUUUAGUGUUUCCAUUACAAUAAACAGUCAUUCGUCGAGUUGUAGAUAAAUGUUUUUAAAAACGAAAUAAGGAAAGAAACCAGAAUGAGCCUGUAGGAGAAUCAAAUACAAGUCGUAAUCAAAUUUCGAAUUAUCACAAACACUCAAUCAAGCAGCAGAAAAGGAGAAAAAGCGAAAGCCAAGUUAGGAGCAGACAAACAAACUACAAAUUAAUAUAACUCUUAGUUCGUAUCGAAUAAUCCAAAUAAUACGAGUACAUAGCUGUAUUUUAACUAGCCUACAAAAAGCAUAAGGAAACCCAUUAAACAGUCAUAUAAAGUCUAGGAGGAGCAGAGGUGCGAAUCGAACCCGUUUUGGAAACCAUGUGCCAAAAUUUGUUUUUAGACAAAGCUCUCUUAAAUUACGAGUAAACAAUAAAUAAUGCAAGCCAUGAAAAGCGAGUAAAUAGCAGCCAUGAAAUAUGAACAUACAAAUUAGAGACACAGAAUCCACAAAAUAGAGUCGCAGAUUAAGGUGUUCACUUGGGGGAAUUUAUUGGGCCCAAGCCCCAGCGUAAUUCAUUUGUCUCUUAUUUCAAAUAAUACGAAAUUCACCAGCCAGCAGCACUCUUUGUUUAUAUAGCGAUUGCGGCAGUAACGCCGCAGCGAUUUUAGUCGGUUUUUAUAUGCAUUUAUUUGUACGAAGCAAUGAAAUGGUUUAUUACAUUUAACAUCGAAUUUUACGAAUUUAUUAACAAACAACAGAAAGUUGCGACUGCAAGGAGCAACCUCACAGCAAGUCUACAAAUCAAAAGAAGAAAUUAACUUAAUAGAUCACAAUCAAAACGAGAACAAAACCAAGUACUUAUACGAGAGGAAGAAACAAUUUUUAUGUUUAACAUAUAAUUAGCACAACAACUACAAAAUAAAAACUAUUAAUGUAAAAA